CCCUCUGUCGUCCAUCAGCCUCGAGCACCCCGCUCAUCGCCUUGUCCCCACCGCUGUCGCUCCCUGGAACCGAGCAUACUGUCGGCAUCGGAUUUGAUUGACCAUGUCUGAUAGUCCGGCGCACGACCAUGGGCAAGGUUCCAUUGCGCCGUCCUCUCUGUUUGCAGGCAAGCAUUCAGCCCUGUCCCUCACCCUGAAUGCGGCCAUGUCUAUCCCUCGUCCCGGAUCGACUCGAGCGAGCGAAGAGAGUGGCACCGCAAGCGAUCGCUCGUCAUCCGAUUUCAGCGAUGUGGCAAUCGAUUGCACCUCCGGCUACUCGACAACUGGGGCAUCUGCUGAGCCGCUGCGGCUCGGCCAUCCAUUUGCCACAUCGCUAUUCUCUAUGAAGCACGAGCACCCGGCCCCGCUGAUGGUCCAGCCCCUGGCCCUGGCCUCGUCGAGCUCCCUGCCGAUCCCCAUCAAUCGAAAUGCCUCCUUUGGGGGCGUCGAUUUGUAUGCUCCCCAGACCCCAGACAAAUGCCUCGACACGAACGGGCUGCACACCAUGCGGCUGGGGCGGUCGCUCAACGACAGCAACGGCGGUCCGGAUGUAGCCGAGGGACUUGAGCACCGGCAUCUUCCCUUCCCAAGCGACUCGGAACUGCCGCCGCUGUCCUCGGCACCCACGGCUCUCGCCGAUCUUUCCCCAUCGCCCAAGUCGAGCGGGCCUGCGCUCUUGCCAUCGGCACCGACUGUGACAUUGCCAAGCGACGACGACUCGGUAUAUAUGCCCGUUGAUAUGGCGGUGACGUCCUCGAAUCCGUUUUCGUAUCCACACCCGGAUCAAUAUGGAUCCCAGCAAGCCGCCUCGCCGUACCAGGCCAUGAUUUCGCCUGUGUUGACACCAUCGCGGAGCCGGGAGUCGCCGUCGCUAUCGAAUCUCGAUCUUGGGGCGCUCUGGCAAUGGAUACUGUGUGUGUGUGUAGUCAACUUUGACCUGGAGCUGGGCCAAGUGCUCGAAUCUGUCUAUCCACCCAUCCAGUUUUCCGAACAUGAAGACAAAAACAUAUCCUUCUCGGCGUUUCCAGACUCCAAUUCUUCCUCGCACCUUGGAGAUUCAUUCUUCUGCUUUCGCAUGAGGAGCAGCGCAUCGAUUGAGACGCUGUACAAGCUAAGGAAGGCCCCGCCGAUAUCGGGCAUCCACAGCUAUGCGACUCGGUCCUCCGCCGACAACGGCUAUCUGAUCGACACCGAUGGAUACACCUAUGGGUAUGUCCAUUUCCGCCAGCAGAAAGAUAAGGAAAUCAGGCGUGGCUAUUUCCAGAAAUCCAUCGUCAUCCUGUCACCGCAUCCGUGGCCCGGGCUGUUCCUAGAGAUCCUGAGAGGUGUUGGCCCCCAGUAUAUGGAUGCCCUUGUUGCAGAACGCACCGGACAGGGCUUCGUUGUUACGCACGACAUCUCGGAUGCUUUCUCUGGCUAUAAGGCGGUCCACCCUAUCAUCGCCCGGCUUUGUGCAGAUAUCGCUGACUGGCCCCCACCCCCAUCGACGCUGCUUCUCCACACCAGCUAUCACCCAACCAUUCUGAAUUUGGUCUACUCGAAUCAGACCAAGUGCUUUUCCUUUCCACCCUCGCCGCGCUUUCCCCUCUAUUUCGACAUUCCCAAGAUGCACAUCGUCACGGCCAACCACCCAGCACCUUUGCAGCCGAUCCAGGCGACUCUUGCGUCACCUGCUCGUCUUUACGAAUUAUUCUCGCGGUCGCUCGAGGUCCUGUGGAUAUGCUGGGAGCUGAUGGUCCUUGGAGAGCCCAUGCUCGUCAUGGCUGACUCGCCUGUGGGCUCAAGCGAAGUAGUUGCGGCACUGGUCGAGUUGAUCAAGCCGAUUCCGUGUGGCGGCGACUAUCGCCCGUACUUUACCAUUCAAGACUCGGAUUUCAAGGGCUACAUCAAUCGCUCUGGUGUACCACCCUCGGCCACGGUUCUUGGCGUGACCAAUGCCGUGUUUGCAAAGGCCUUGGAGCACUGGCCGCAUAUCAUCCGUGUUGGAAAGCUCAGCAGUGGCUUUGGCGAUGGCUCUGCGGCUCCCAAUGAGCAUGAGCCUGUUUCUAUGAAGCCCAGCCCCAGUACAGGCCUUGCGCUUGGCAGAGACGCCGUGUCCAAAAAGGGAUCAACAAUGUCGACGUCACCAGUAAAGUCGAUUAUGCAGUCGCUCAGCAAAACACGGAUCACCAACACUCGGAAUGACAUGAUAAUCGGGCUGCGGAUUGGCUUUAGCACCGAGACCAAUGUCGAAGAGAUCAGGACAAAGCAUCGUCCGUUCUUUGGCCGCGACAACCAGCUGAUCAAGAACAUUGCCGAGUCGGCCAUUCGAGGAAAGUCUGCCGAGGUCCUCAACAAUAUGCUGCGAAGGCAUUUUGUGGAGUUGACAGAUAGGUUCCUGCAGCCGCUGAAUCGCCACUUUGAAAGCUUAAUCGUCGGCAGCCCUAUGCACAUGUCGCUCUCGAACCUGAGAGGUCGACCCGAAAUCAAGCCCUUCCAGCAAGAAACCCUUCUCAAAACGAUUGAGCAAUCAGCGCCGUCGCUGCCUAUUCAUUCUAGGCGCUCUCUCGUGGAGUUUUACAGGCAGUUCUUGAAGUCGCCCAACUUUGCUGCCUGGCUGCAGUCCAGAACAUCGGAAAUCUAUCGUGAAUGGAGACGAUGCUACUUUGAUAUCCUCACGUCAUCCGACAUGGCCGGGUGGAUGCGCGAUCGACCAAAGGUAAACCGUCGGACCGAAUGCGAUCAACUAGUGGCACUUAUUCGGAAAGAGCUGACGCGGUAUCGGGGCUACUUCCAUACCAGCUCCAACGACGCCACCUUUGCUCGACAAUCGCUCUUGUACAGCUCUCUGUCCAAGCGAUCGAUUCCCAGCCCAGAUAUGCUGAUGGAUCUGCCCAAGCCAGCGCUAGACUUUCCACCGCUGCCUCCUGUUGCCGUACGUCAUCACGACCGCCACGACCGAUUUGACCCACGGCUCGAAGCUACUAGCAGACACCGUGGCGACGCCAGUGCUAUCGGACACUCGAAUAGGCGCCCUGGAGAAGAGCUGUCGAUCGGUUAUGGCGUACAUGAAAUGGGAGGGCUUGUUCCAACACCUCAGCAGUACAGUGCGUUAGGGAAGCAGCUUGAGCUCCUCCUCAGCAUGUGCGAGGCCGAAGGCUUUGCUUGAGGUCAGCAUUCACGCACCUCGGGGGCAUCGCUGCCUGCAUGCACAUGUAUCUGAUACAGCUGUCAAAGCACACACAUCGUCCGCUGUGCGGUCUCGGCUUGCCGACUGCUUCUUGUCCUCUGUCGUACUGCCGCCCCUGAAGAAACACGUCUCUGGACACAUCUGGUC